GGCUGGGCUUCAACAUUGUUGGUGGGACAGAUCAGCAGUACAUUUCCAAUGACAGCAGCAUCUAUGUCAGCCGGAUCAAAAAGGAUGGGGCAGCUUACCUUGAUGGCCGAUUACAAGAAGGAGAUAAAAUUUUAUCGGUUAAUGGCAGAGACUUGAAGGAUUUGCGGCACAAGGAUGCUGUGGAACUGUUCAGGAAUGCAGGCUGUGACGUGUCUUUGAAAAUUCAGCGCAGGUUGCAGCCACAGAAUGGCCCUGUGGGUCAUCGAGGCGAUGGAGAAUCAGGCGGGCUUCCUCUAGCAGCCAUUCUUGUGCCAGGCCUGGCGCUUGCUGCGGCAGCGGUCUGGAUCUUGCUGAGGUAUCGACAGCGGAUGUGAAGAGUUCACGUUUUGGAUAUCACUGCGUAUUUACACAGCUAUGAUGUAAUUUAAAGAUAGAGAAUCAACGAUCUUAUCACAGACUGACGUCAAAGAGGAUCAUUGCCUAUCGUAAAGCUGCUGCUGAUGUUCUCUGUAUGUUGAUUUUGUUGCAGGGUGGAUGGAAGCAGAGAGGAAAAGGGGAAGGGAGAUGACUGUUCACAUAUAGGGUGAGAUAGCUGGUUUUUUGACUAAUCUGAGGAGGUUUUGACAUCCCCCUCUAUUUUGCACCAUGAACUUUCGAACACUCAUCUAUUUCUUGUUUUAAGAUGUGAUUUGUUAAAGGGAGUGGGGGUUGGGGUGGUUUUAAAUCAGAAACAUUUACUAGAGGCUUUGCCUUGUUUCUACUGCAUUUUUCUUGAAACUAAUGAACCCUGUCUGAACCAUGAAUAAAGAGAAGCAACACAGAGGGUAUAUUAUUUUUUCCACUGAAUUUUUGUUGGUUGUUGCUAAAUAAAUGCCUUAGGAAAAAUGU